UACAGGAUGGAGUCUUUCGCUCCGGUUCCCGCUGCUCCUGCUGCUGCUGUGGACACCCCGGGUCCUGCCCGCAGAUCCCGGGGAGCCUGCGCCUGUGAACCCCUGUUGUUACUACCCAUGCCAGCACCAGGGCAUGUGUGUCCGCUUUGGCCUCGACCGCUACCAGUGUGACUGCACCCGCACCGGCUACUCGGGCCCCAACUGCACCGACCCUGAGCUGUGGACCUGGCUCCGGAAUUCACUGCGGCCCAGCCCCUCUUUCAUCCACUUCCUGCUGACGCACGGGCGCUGGUUCUGGGAGCUUAUCAAUGCCACCUUCAUCCGUGACAUGCUCAUGCGCCUGGUACUCACAGCGCGUUCCAACCUUAUCCCCAGCCCCCCCACCUACAACUUAGCACACGAUUACAUCAGCUGGGAGUCCUUCUCCAACCUGAGCUACUACACUCGUGUUCUGCCCUCUGUGCCGCAAGACUGCCCCACACCCAUGGGGACCAAAGGGAAGAAGCAGCUGCCAGAUGCCGAGCUCCUGAGCCGUCACUUCCUGCUCAGGAGGAAGUUCAUACCUGACCCCCAAGGUGCCAACCUCAUGUUUGCCUUUUUUGCACAACACUUCACCCACCAGUUCUUCAAAACUUCUGGCAAGAUGGGUCCUGGCUUCACCAAGGCCUUGGGCCAUGGGGUAGACCUCGGCCACAUUUAUGGGGAUAAUCUGGACCGUCAAUAUCAGCUGCGACUCUUUAAGGAUGGGAAACUCAAGUACCAGAUGCUGGACGGAGAGAUGUACCCACCGUCGGUGGAAGAGGCGCCUGUGCUGAUGCACUACCCACGGGGCAUUCCGCCCCGGAGCCAGAUGGCCAUGGGCCAGGAGGUGUUUGGACUGCUUCCCGGGCUCAUGCUUUACGCCACGCUCUGGCUGCGUGAACACAACCGCGUGUGUGACCUGCUGAAGGCUGAGCACCCCACCUGGGAAGAUGAGCAGCUCUUCCAGACAGCCCGCCUCAUCCUUAUAGGGGAGACCAUCAAGAUCGUGAUCGAGGAGUAUGUGCAGCAGCUGAGCGGCUACUUCCUGCAGCUCAAGUUCAACCCAGAGCUGCUGUUCGGCUCCCAGUUCCAGUACCAGAACCGCAUUGCCAUGGAGUUCAACGUGCUCUACCACUGGCACCCGCUCAUGCCCGACUCCUUCAAGGUGGGUUCCCAGGACUACAGCUAUGAGCAGUUCCUGUUCAACACCUCCAUGCUGGUGGACAAUGGAGUCGAGGCCCUGGUGGAUGCCUUCUCUCGCCAGAACGCCGGCCGGAUUGGUGGGGGUAGGAACAUAGACCACCACAUCCUGCACGUGGCCACAGAAGUCAUCAAGGAAUCUCGAGAGCUGCGGCUGCAGCCCUUCAAUGAGUACCGCAAGAGGUUUGGCAUGAAGCCCUACACCUCUUUCCAGGAGUUCACAGGAGAGAAGGAGAUGGCGGCUGAGUUGGAGGAGCUAUAUGGAGACAUUGAUGCCUUGGAGUUCUACCCGGGACUGCUUCUUGAGAAGUGCCAUCCAAGCUCCAUCUUUGGGGAGAGUAUGAUAGAAAUUGGGGCUCCCUUUUCCCUCAAGGGCCUCUUAGGGAAUGCCAUCUGUUCUCCAGAGUACUGGAAGGCGAGCACGUUUGGUGGUGAGAUGGGCUUCAACAUCGUCAAGACAGCCACACUGAAGAAGUUGGUUUGUCUCAACACCAAGACUUGUCCCUACGUUUCCUUCCAUGUACCCGACCCCCACCACAAUGACGGGGCUGGUGUGGAGCGGCCGUCCACAGAGCUCUGAGGGCAGCAGCAUUCUGGAGGGUGGAGCUUUCUGCUUGUCUUUCCAGAGUGCUGAGGCCAAGGUUAAUGGUCUUAAACGCUGGGUUUCUAGUUUGGCAUCGAGAGUAUGAGGGCUGAAAUUUAGAACUUCGUGUUUUUCACUGACUAUGUGGAGUGUUGUGGUCUUGUCAUUCUAGAAUACUGAAUCCCUGGUUAACUACCCAGAAUGUUAGAUCAGGUUUUCACGGGGGUGCCAGAAAACUGGGUUCCUGGGUGACCGCCUAGAAUGUCAGAUUUCUGGCUGAUUUGGAAUAUAGGCAUUCUAGAAUGUGGAGCUCCUGAUGAAAUCACAUAGAAAGUUAGAGGGCUCUUAUUUUGCAUUCUAGACUUCUGAUUGGUGAGCCAGAACACUGUGUUCCUGGUUGCUGAUCCAAAAUACUGGCUGGUAUGCCCGAUCAGUCCUGGUCUGAAUGUCUAGGAUGCUGAUGUGAUUCAUUUUCCUGUUCAGGGAGCUAUCCGCAGAGCAGGAGAAUCUGAUGUCUAACAAGAAUGCUCCGCCUGAACCUGUGCCUGCACUGAGGGGGAAAGGAGGUGGGUGUUCUUUCUGGGACCCAAACUCAGACCCUGGUCCAAGGAUAUAGAGAGAAUGAGUGGGCUUUUUCCAGGCCACUGGUCGGAAGCCACCAGAGCUCUAUCUCCAUCCAGGUCUUGACUCAAAGCAGCUGUUUCUCACGAAGUGAAUAAAAUUCUUUUUCCAAA